AUGGCUUCAAAGUUACGUAAUUCCCUCCCAACAAUAUUAUCAACGUUCCUCAUUCUCCUCCUACCCUUACUUGCCUCUCUAGCUUUUGCAGACAACCCUCCCACAGCUUCUGUCUCUCCUGGAACCAUAUGCAAAUCCACCCCUGACCCAUCUUAUUGUAAUUCCGUGCUCCCUCCCCAAAAGGGAAACGUCUACGAUUAUGGCCGGUUCUCGGUCACCAAGUCCUUAUCACAUGCCAGCGAUUUCUUGAACUUAGUUGACAAAUAUCUCCAACGCCGCUCCACUCUUUCCACCGCAGCUAUCAUGGCACUUGAAGAUUGUCAAACCCUUGGCGAACUCAACUAUGAUUUCCUUUCUAGUUCUUCACAAACUGUGAACAAGACAACAAGGUUUCUACCCAGUGUGCAAGCUGAUGAUAUCCAAACAUUGCUCAGUGCCAUUCUAACAAACCAACAAACCUGCAUGGAUGGCCUUCAAGCCACUGCUUCCGCUUGGAGAGUGAAAAAUGGACUCUCUCUUCCACUUUCUAAUGACACCAAACUCUACAGUGUCUCUCUUGCUCUUUUCACCAAAGGGUGGGUUCCCAGAACCAAUAACAAAGCCAAUACCACAUUUCAACCAACCAGAAAACAACUUGGGUUUCGAAACGGGCGUUUGCCGCUUAACAUGUCAAGUAAAACUCGCGCGAUCUACGAAUCGGUGAGUCGGAGAAAACUCCUUCAGGAUACAACAGGCGACGAGGUUGAAGUGAGAGACAUCGUGACGGUGAGUCAAGAUGGAAGUGGAAACUUCACCACCAUCAACGAUGCCAUCGCUGCAGCGCCUAACAAGUCUUCCUCAUCGGUAGGGUACUUCUUAAUCUAUGUCACCGCAGGUCUUUACGACGAAAACGUGUCAAUUGAUAAGAAAAAAACAAACUUGAUGAUGGUUGGAGAUGGCAUCAACAAGACAAUUAUUACUGGCAAUCGUAGUGUCGUUGAUGGCUGGACCACCUUUAAGUCAGCAACCUUUGCUGUGGUUGGUCAAGGAUUUGUGGGUGUGAAUAUAACUAUUCGGAACACUGCUGGGGCGGAGAAGCACCAAGCAGUGGCACUUCGAAAUGGAGCAGAUUUGUCCACGUUUUACAGCUGCAGCUUCGAGGGGUACCAGGACACAUUAUAUGCACAUUCACUAAGACAAUUCUACAGGGAAUGUGACAUUUACGGCACUGUAGAUUUCAUAUUCGGAAACGCCGCAACAGUGUUCCAAAACUGCAACCUCUAUCCUCGUCUCCCAAUGAGUGGUCAAUUCAACGCAAUCACCGCACAAGGCCGAACCGACCCGAACCAAAACACGGGCACUUCUAUCCACAACUGUACAAUCAGAGCAGCUGAUGAUUUGGCUGAAAGCAACGGUACAGUUGCAACAUAUCUUGGAAGGCCUUGGAAGCAAUAUUCGAGGACGGUUUAUAUGCAGACAUUUAUGGACAGUGUGAUUGAUGCUUCCGGGUGGCAUGAAUGGGACGGUGAUUUGGGUUUGAGUACAUUGUAUUAUGCUGAGUUUAAUAACAGUGGAUCAGGAUCUACCACGGACAACAGAGUGACGUGGCCAGGUUACCAGGUGAUUAAUGCCACUGAUGCUUCUAAUUUUACAGUCUCUCAGUUCUUGCUUGGAGAUGACUGGUUGCCACGUACGGGAGUGACUUACGCCAGCAACUUAAUGUAG